UCAGUGCUAAUAAAUUAUGCUUCUGUAUUUUCAGCAGUAUUGGUGGUGUGACAUUUCACUUUUCUUGUUUGGGAUUAUCCGGACCUUCCUCUUCGCCAGCUGUUGUUCAGUCAGUUUUCUCCAUGCGUCCAAACAUCUCUCUCUCCUCGACUCUGACUGUACUGUGGACAUCAGUCCUCGCAGGAUGUCCUCAGCUUGACACGUUUGCUCCAGAAUCCUCUGCUCUGGAGUCUUUGGCGUGCCGUAAUGACUACCGCUCUCAUAUCCGCUGCAGCUGGAGAGACGAUCCUCCUGUUCUUCUCUCUCUGCUCCACAUGGAUCCAGAUGACCACCGAGUUUCGCCCUGUGUUCCGACUCCUAACCCUUCCCAGAAUCCCACUGGGAUGGAGAGAGUUUAUUGUCAGUAUAACACAUCUCUAUUUGCCAUCGGCUUUGAUGACUUGUUCUUCUUCCACAUGGCAAACUCUUCCGGCAUUUACAGAACCUUCAGACUCACAAAAUUUGAAGAUGCAGAUCCAUACUGGAAUUUUUACCAGCUAGAUGACACACUGCCACCCUCACCUCCGACCUCUGACCCCUUCAGACAGCAUGACCAAGAGCACUCGCUGGAAAUUGACCAUGAAAUAAUCAAGGACAAAAAUGGCGGGAACAUUCACAACAAGCCAACACAGAAACACGUGGAAGAUGGCGGGAAUAAAACUGAGGUCUUGACUGACAGGCCAGAACUGAUAUCUGAGUACUCACUCCCUGGUCCAUCUAACCUAAACUGCGUGCUCAGUGACGGGAAUAAUUUGAGCUGUAGCUGGGAUGUCAAAACAGAUCUGGCCCAGUACAUCAGCUACACACUGUCCUACCGGACACACUCCACUGCACCGAACGAGUGGUGCUGUGUUGAGAAGGUGGAGGUCACAAAUAAAGGAGCUUUGUUGAGGAUGGUUGGUGUCUUCAGUGUCUUUGAGCCUGGAUUGCUGCAGGUGCAACUCACGCCAAUGCCGGUGACCAAAGUGAUCCGCUCUUACGAACACAUCCAGCCUGCAUGUCCCACGGGUCUGAGCGUUGAACUGAGAGGAGAAGACUGGAUUUUGAACUGGACUUUAACAAAGUAUCGUACUGUACCACUCACUACUGAACUCAAGUACUUGAGCCUACUAACUCCUGAGGAUAUAAAGAGCAUCUUUCUCUCUGACGGAGAGAUGGUGUUUGCUAUAUCGGAGCGUUCUCUCAAGGGUUCCUCAGAGUAUCAUGCUCAGGUUCGCUGUAAUGUGAGUGCAUCCAGACGUUCAGGAUGGCGUUACUCUGGAUAUCCCUCAGAGUGGAGCGACCCCGUCUACUGGACCACACGGCCUGAACCUCUUGCGCCACAUCUAGUUACAUUUCUUCUGUACUUCCUCAUUGCGACUCUCGCGUCAGCUGUCUCCAUCAUAGCUUUUAUCAUUCUUUCAGCGGUUCAGCGGUAA